UCGAUACCACAUCGUGCGGGCGAUACCCAUGUCGUCGACCGAGCGUGGAGAAGUCGAGGAGCAUCAUGCCACCACAAAAGUGAACGUGGAAACCAAAGAAGUGAAAUCCAUCACCUCAGCAGGCGAAAGGCACGUGGAAGACGUGGACAUGCAGGCAGAUAACGGCGCUGACUUCGACCCCGGAAGAGCCGACUCGGAAACGAAGGUAGUAGUCGAGCACCUUGACUCAACAAAUGUGGCGUCUGUACAGCCACUCGACCGUGAUAAGGAGCAGAACGAAUUUGACAGCAACCCUCAUGACAACGACGCAUCCUCAGCAACAUAUACCAGCGAGCAAAGCGACAGCAAGAAUUCACUGACAUCCUCGUUCCCCCCAUCUGCUGACGCAGACGCACCUUCCGCUCCAGUUGCUGCAGAUGUAUUGAACGCAUUUAUGCAAUCGACAGCUCCUUCUACCAACGAAGCGUUGAACGACAAUGCCAUUCCGUGCACAAUGAAACACAUCCCAGCACAGUCUGUAGAUACCGCAACACCUGUCACCGCCAAUGCAAGCCAACGUGACAGCACUACGACAUCUUCAACUGUCAUUUCGUCAUCUCCGCUCAAGCGAAAGCGCGAAGAUGCCAACGGAAACGACGACGUUGACCCUGCGGACGCUUCGUCGGACGACUUGGCCAGCGCCAUCAUGUCACGUGACGAGAUGGCGAAGAAGGAGGAAGACACUGGACUGCUCGAGUUUUGCGUGAUCCGGAACGACGGAACCCCCGACCGCAUGGUGCAGCUCAUGACGCUCAAAAACAUCUUUUCCAAGCAGCUUCCAAAGAUGCCCAAGGAGUAUAUCGUUCGCCUCGUGUUUGAUCGAAACCACCACAGCAUGGUGAUCCUCAAGAACAAAAAGACAGUCGUCGGCGGGAUCUGCUAUCGGCCGUUCGUGGUCAACCACUUUGGCGAGAUUGCAUUUUGCGCGAUCACGGCAAGCGAGCAGGUCAAGGGCUACGGCACGCGCUUGAUGAACCACCUGAAGGAGUACGUCAAGUCGCAAGGGCUGACGCACUUUCUCACGUACGCCGACAAUUACGCGAUCGGGUACUUCAAGAAGCAGGGUUUCUCCAAGGUCGUGUCGAUGCCCAAACCCAACUGGUUCGGGUACAUCAAGGACUACGACGGCGGCACCCUCAUGGAGUGCCAGAUCCACCACAACAUCAACUACCUCGAGAUCACGUCGAUGGUCCACCGCCAACGCAGCAUGAUCCUGGACGAGAUCAAGAAGCGGUCCAAGGCCGACAUUGUGUACCCGGGCCUGACGACGUUUUGCGAUUCGCGGCUCGUCAACAUCCACGCCGUGCCCGGCGUGAAGGAGGCCGGGUGGAGCCAGACGUUGAUUCGAAGCAGCCGAACGAGCCGCGACUCGAGCACACUCAAACAACAACUCCAGUCGAUGUGGAAGUCGUUUUCAAACCAUCGCAGCGCGUGGCCGUUCCACGAACCCGUGGACGUGACGGUCGUGACGGACUACUUGGACUUUGUCAAGCACCCCAUCGACCUCUCCACGAUUCAAAAGAAAAUCGACGAAAACUUGUACGCGACGAAAGCAGCGUUCAAAGACGACUUGGUCCUCAUGUGCGACAACUCGAUGCUGUACAACGCACCAGAUACCAAUUACUACAAGGCGGCGAAAGACCUCCUCGAGUUUGUCAAGAAGAAGAUCGUGAUAGAGACACAGGAAGGCGGGGGUGCGACGACAGCGUCGGCCUCGUCGUCGAGCAAAAAAAACCUCGUUCGAUAAGCUAACCCCCCCCGUCGUAUUUUACACAAAUCGUCGCCCACGACGGGUGAACGGCUCCAUCGUGGCUCGACCACCAACGGCACGAGCAAAUUUGCCCCAGAGAUGGGAAGAAUAUUCAAAGAAAUAUCCACUGGCACAUGGCACUGGCGGCUAACCGGUGGUGGUUGUGCGAGCCCAUCUCGUCGUGGCCUUGGGUCGAUUCAAACGAAGCGUAGCAGUCGCAAUCUCCCUCUUGUACGCGAGUCUGCUGAUGGAAUAACGCGUCUUUGUCCUUGGCUGCCACUUGUGCCGCGGCGGAUUGUGCUUGGCGGGGCUGUGACCUGCACUUGUGUGAAAUGUCGCUGGCCAGGACCGGAUAUCUCGACGACUAUCCGGAAGCCAAAAUGGAAUGUGAAA